AUGGGGAAUUUCAUUUCAAACGACAAUGAAAGUGUCCAGACAGAUGGAAGUAUCCCUGAGAAGCAUGAAAAUGGAGCCGUGAAUGGGAUUUCUCUGACCGUCACUGCCAAUGGACAUACAGUGGACGUUCCUGCAAAGAUUCUGAUACCUGAGAUUGUAGAUUCCACAUUACCAGAAAUACAAAGCAUCACCACAGAAGCCAUCCCAGUGGAACCAAAGAGUGGACCACCUGAUGCUGAAAUCACGCCUCCAGACCCAAGCCACACCGUCCACACUGAGGAGAAACCUGAGGAUUCUGAUGGCCACAGUAAAGUCCAGAAUAAAGAGCAGAAAACCAGUGUGUUCAGAAAAAUGUUCAAGACCAAACCAGCCCCUGCACCAGAGCAAACACCAGAUCAGACGACUGCCAACACACCGCUGCCCAAUGGACUUAUUCAUGGGGAGAAAGAAAAUGGAGUUAUUAAUGAAUCUUCACCGAAGGAAUCUGAAAUGGAAGUGGAACCUACAAACACAGAGGAGAUUGGUGUCCAGGCUGAAACGACAGAAUCAACAGAAUUUGUGGUUGCUGAAUCAGAGGAGAAACCUGUGAGCUCUCCCAGUGCAAAAGUCCUACGCCCGGCGAGGAAAGUCAGUGUGUUCAGCAAGAUGUUUAAGAAGCAACAACCACCAGCAUCACCACCACCAGCAGCACCAGAACCACCAGCACCAGAACCAGCAGCACCAGUAGAGGAGGAGCCAAAAGAAGAACUCAUUGAAGAUCAGAGUGACCCAAGUCCCCCUGUUCCUGUGCAACAACCGGAGAGUGAAGAGCAAACGGCAGAGACCGAGGUUGAGGAAGGAGAUUCUGAGCCCAAAGAUCCAGAAAGUGACAGAGGAACCCAGGACAGCCCUGCGGAAGAGAAUCCAGUUAUGAACUUCUUCAAAACUCUAGUCACUCCAACAAAAACGAGAAAAGAUGCACAAGCUCCAGAUGCCACAAAAGAACAGCCGCAGCCCUCAGAGACGCAGCCUCAAGCUACUACUACCACCACAGUUGCACAGGUAUCUGACCCACAAGCGCCCCCUAAAGGAAUGCCUGUGCCUCCACCUCCUCCUCCUGAACCGCCUCGAGUGGAAGCAGCUGCAAAAGCUGUGAAGCCCAAAGAAGAGGCCAAAACUAAGGACAGCCCAAAGGCCAAAUCAGCCAAAGGGACUCUGACACGACUCUUCAAGUCUAAGCCAACACCCAAGGAACCACACGCUGCUGUGGAAGAGGCAGAGGCAGUAGACCUUGAGCCCGAGAAAGUAAAGGAGCCACCUCAGCCUGAUACUGAGGACCAGAUUGACUGUACAAUAGACAUACAGGAUACAGCAGAGGCACAGCCAGAACCAGUGAUAGAACAGAAGCCUGAUGCGUCCAAGGCCUCGACACUGGAGGCAGCUGCCAAACCCGCCCAGGCUCCGGCUGCACAGGAGGAGAAGAAACCAGAGGCCAAGAAGUCUCUGCUCACCUUCUUCAAGCCCAAAGCUUGGUUGGAUCGUGUGAGCACCACGGUCCAGGCAGCAUCCAGCAGCGGCGUGCAGUUCAUCAGGAAAACUACGGGAGCGGCAGCUGAUCCUAAAGCCACAGCCUCCCCGGCAGCAGCAGCAGCAGAGGCAGCACCAGCUCCAGCUCCAGCUCCGGUCAAAGAGGAAACUCCAAAAGCAGCAAAGUCUACAGAGGCAACCGCUGAGAGCAAACCUGCUGCAGUAACACCUGCUGGAGAAGAGGUUCCACCCAAGAGACUGGAGAAGAGGAACUCCAUCACACUGUUCUUCAAAAACCUGAGUGGGAAGCGUCCGUCGACAGAUGCAGGAGCCACAGAGGCUCCAGCUGCUUCAGCUGAGAAGAGCAAAAGAGGCUACGUGACUGAUGAAGCAAAGAUCAGGAAGCAUGAGGAGCUGAAGAACUUUGCAUUGGAGCGUUAUGACAUUGCGAAGAAGAUUGCCGAAAAAUGUGAAGAACAAAAAAUGACACGCAUCCUUGUCCUGAAGGAGGGCACUCAAGAGGAUCAACCAUACAAGCAGAGAAAGAAGUCGGUGACGCUGAAAACUCAGGAGGCACAUUCUGCAGACCCAGGACGCCUCAGGUCUGGUACCGUGUACAAGGACCUCCAUGAUGAUACGGAGGAGGAGUGUGAUGUUGAAGCUACUCAGAGAAGAAGAAUUAAAGGAAAAAUGCUCAUGAGGGAGACCCAGACGCCCCUUCCACGGAUAAAUGAUGAACUUCUGUACCCGGCUUCCGAGCCUGAAGACAUGGAAGCAUAUCACAAGGAGAAGCACAGCUACAAGCAACUGAGCAGAUGCCGGCUCAGAGAGGAUACAGGGGGAACUCCAGAGGAAGGAGUAGAGGGAGAGGAUUUCAAGGACAAAGAGGCAAUCGUCAAGAUCAAUGCUGGAUAUGCCACCAAUAUGGACACUGGUCAAGGGAUUGUGCCAACAUAG